ACAUUUUCAGUUUUGACGUUUGCAAAAACAACCUGAAAAUAAGUUGUCGACCUUUGAGUCUGGCUAGCUAGAGCACGAGGAGGCAGCUCCUCAGCGCGGGGUAGCAAUUGGCUGCGCGUGCACUCACUUCGACUCCCCUUCUCUCUCUGUCUAUUCAUUUCCUAUCACGCGUUCUGUAAAAUUGCCCACACACAUACACACGAUGUGGUUUGAGUGUGUAUGCGCGCACCGGAACCCAAAGUCGCUCGGUGGCGUCAGCAAUCAUUGGCAAUUUUGAAGAUUAACGAGGUUAUCCUACAUUCGACCGUCAGGGAGAGAGCGGACCAGAGAGCACAGACUGCUGCGCCGACUUGCCUGCGUGUCGAGGUGGAUAGGAAGCUUGGCUCUGGCUCGCAGCUUUGUUGGACUUGAUCGAAUUGGACACAGUGAAGAGCUGUGGGACUAUAUAGAGACGGGGGAAAUAUGACCGAUAAACGGAUGUCGCGGUGGUAUUUCGGGGGGCUCGCUUCCUGCGGGGCUGCCUGCUGCACCCAUCCUUUGGACCUCAUCAAGGUCCACCUGCAGACCCAGCAGAAGGGUAAGAUGGGGAUGGUGAGCAUGGCCAUGCAGGUAGUGAAGAACGAUGGAGCUCUGGCUCUGUACAACGGACUCAGCGCAUCACUCUGCAGACAGAUGUCCUAUUCUCUAACUAGGUUUGCUAUCUAUGAGACAGUCAGAGACAUGUUGAGCAGCAGUAACCAGGGCCCCAUGCCUUUCUACCAGAAGGUGCUGCUGGGGGCCUUCGGAGGUUUUACUGGUGGGUUCAUCGGCACUCCUGCAGACAUGGUGAACGUCAGGAUGCAGAAUGAUGUUAAACUACCUCCAGAGCUGAGGAGGAACUACAAACAUGCUGUGGACGGUCUCUUCAGGGUCUUCAGAGAAGAGGGGGUGAGGAAGUUGUUCUCAGGAGCCACCAUGGCCUCCAGCAGAGGAGCUCUGGUCACUGUGGGACAGUUGGCAUGUUAUGACCAGGCUAAACAGCUGGUGCUGUCUUCAGGCUUCAUGGGAGAUAACAUCCUCACACACUUCCUGUCCAGCUUCAUCGCUGGAGGCUGUGCUACGUUCCUGUGUCAGCCUCUAGAUGUGAUGAAGACCAGGUUGAUGAACUCUAAAGGAGAAUACUCAGGUGUGAUACACUGUCUAAGAGUGACUGCUAAAGAGGGACCCAUGGCCUUCUACAAGGGUCUUGUUCCUGCAGGGAUCCGUCUGAUCCCUCACACGGUGCUCACCUUCAUCUUCCUAGAGCAGCUCAAGAACAACUUCGGCAUCAUCGUCAUCUCCUGAGCACGCUCCGUGACCUAUGACCUUCACCCUCUAACCCCCCCGUCCCCUGCCAAGGUCAACCAAUCCCCUGUCACUGCCACGGUGCCACAUCCCCCAUUGCCCUGCGCUGUCCAAUCACACAGAGAGGUGGAUGUAGUGAUGGACUGUCCACUAUGCUAUCCCACCCGGCCCUCUUUCACGUGCUCUGGAAAUCAACCAAUCACCAGUGGAAAAGACUACGAAGGAACUGCCUACACCUGCACCAUCACCGCCUUGUCCACAGGAAGAGUUGUCAUAGCAACGCCAGUCAAACCCUGCUGUGACAUCAUCUUCAUGCGACUGUCGUCAUCAACAGUGCCAUUCUCAAAUGGGGGGGGGGGCUGCGCCUCAAAUCGUACACUAUUCCCUAUGUAGUGCCUAUGACUUAUUACCCAUAAUCUGUAGUGCAUUUAACAUGUAGCUCUGGUCAGAAGUAAUGUGCCACAUAGGGAAUAUAGUGUCAUCUGAGACCACUCCCCCUAGACAGUGUUAAUGUGCUUAUACUGAAGCCUUCUACCAUCAUGUAUGUAUGUCUGUAUGUACAGUAUGUAUCACCCAUAUCAGUUCCAUUCCACACCAGUCCCUAUGUAUUACUAGCAGUCUACUAGUUGUAGUAGUAUGUAUUACUAGCAGUGUACUAGUUGUAGUAGUAUGUAUUACUAGCAGUGUACUAGUUGUAGUAGUAUGUAUUACUAGCAGUGUACUAGUUGUAGUAGUAUGUAUUACUAGCAGUGUACUAGUUAUAGUAGUAUGUAUAACUAGCAGUGUACUAGUUGUAGUAGUAUGUAUUACUGGUAUGACUGUAGAUCACUACAACAUUCUAACUGGAACACUUCUACCAACUCCGAUACUGUACAUUGGGGGUGACAGUGACAAAGGGUCCUAUUCCUGUUCAUAACACUGUAACAGCGGCAGGUAGCCUAGCGGUUAAGAGCGUUGGGCCAGUAACCGGAAGGUUGCCCUUUCGAAUCCCUGAGCCGAUGAGGUGAUACGUCUGUUGUUGCGCCCUCGAGCGAGGAAGGCACUUAACCCUCGUUGCUCUGGAUAAGAGCGUCACUAAAUGACUAAAAUGGUAAUGUACUGUAUCAGCUCAGUGCUAUUCCUGUUCAUAAGGGAUGCUUAUAACUGUAACAGGAGAUCAGUGCUAUAACUAUAGAAUAUUAUGAAUCUGACAUCAACAGCUCACAGAGACAUUGGGUGACAUAGGGUCCUAGUCCUGUCUAUAAGGGAUGCUACAUAACAGGUUAUAACGCCAUAACACCACGGCUAUAAAGACAUCACAUGCUUACAGACAGAGGUACUAAACAGAAGAAGUUGCCCCUAGGCACUGAUUCCGGGUCAGACAUUAGUUGUAUCCCCCUAACAGGUAAAGUUAUUAUUGGGGUUAGGUGAUCUGAUCCUAGAUCUGUGGUUAGGGACAACAGUAGAAAUCCCCCCCAAGGGCAAUGUGACCUCGAGAUAUAACUGGACAGAAAUAAGAGAAAUAUAAUGAAUAGCGUGUGCACUACCUUUGACCAGGAACCAUAGGGUCCUAUAAGAGAUAAUUUAGAGAUACCGUGAGUUAGAGAGAGAUACUGUUUACUGGGACCUGGAUGAAACUGUUGUGUUUUAAGGCACUUUAUUAAACACACACACACACACAGGUGCACUCAAACACACACAUAAGCACACUCACCUAAGACCCACACACACACAAACAAACCUACAGGUAACUUUUGGCAGUUAUCUUUAGGUAAUAAGGUAUAUUUUGGCCACAGUGUUCCAGUGAGUCAGGGUGCCUUCUCUUCUGUGACCUCCAGGGGGCAGCAAGGUACUGUGUGUUUGGGAGACUAGUCAUUGUGAAUGAGUGACUGAUUUAUUAACAGACAAAAAUAAUGUUUCUGUGUGAAUGAGAGAGGAUUCAUUCAUAAAUACUACUGUGAGAUUGUGUGAGCGUGUGUUUCAGUUCUUUGUUUGACUAUGUGAUAGGCCAUUAUCAAGAGUGGUAUUGAGAACCACCACUUGUACAAACACACACACACAAUCUCAAGGAAUGGAAGUGAGAUUGUAGAACCCAGCUCUGUGCGGUUGUACAUUUAUUAGUUUGUAUUUUGUAGAUUAUAGCCUAUGAUUUUUGGAAUUAAAGUACUAAUGAAAAAUAA